CUCUGCUCGGCCUAGCGCCUGGGCGACCCCAGCCAGGAGGAGUCCGUUUCUGGUAGAAGCCUGUCCAGCCUCAAGGAACAAUGACCCAGAAGACCACCCUAGUGCUCCUCGCCCUGGCUGUCAUCACCAUCUUCGCUUUGGUUUGCGUCUUGCUAGCUGGCAGGAGCGGAGAUGGGGGCAGACUGAGCCAACCUCUUCAUUGCCCUUCCGUUCUUCCUAGCGUCCAGCCCCAGACACACCCUGGCCAGAGCCAGCCGUUUGCAGACCUGAGCCCUGAGGAGCUGACAGCUGUGAUGAGCUUUCUGAUCAAGCACCUGGGGCCAGGGCUGGUGGACGCAGCCCAGGCUCGACCCUCGGACAACUGUGUCUUCUCAGUAGAGUUGCAGCUGCCUGCCAAGGCUGCAGCCCUGGCCCACCUGGACAGAGGGGGGCCCCCACCUGUGCGGGAGGCACUGGCCAUCAUCUUCUUUGGUGGACAACCCAAGCCUAAUGUGAGCGAGCUGGUGGUGGGGCCCCUGCCUCACCCCUCAUACAUGCGGGAUGUGACUGUGGAGCGUCAUGGCGGCCCCCUGCCCUAUUACCGGCGUCCUGUGCUGACCAGAGAGUAUCAGGAUAUCCAGGAGAUGAUCUUCCACAGAGAGCUGCCCCAAGCGUCUGGUCUCCUCCAUCACUGUUGCUUCUACAAACGCCAAGGACACAACCUGCUAAAAAUGACUACAGCCCCCCGUGGUUUGCAAUCAGGGGACCGGGCCACCUGGUUUGGCAUAUAUUACAAUCUCUCAGGGGCUGGGUUUUACCCUCACCCCAUUGGCUUAGAGCUUCUGGUAGAUCACAAGGCCCUGGAUCCUGCCCUGUGGACCAUCCAGAAGGUAUUCUACCAAGGCCGUUACUAUGAGAGUCUGACUCAGCUGGAGGACAUGUUUGAGGCUGGCCUGGUGAAUGUGGUUUUGGUCCCAGACAAUGGCACAGGUGGGUCCUGGUCUCUGAAGUCUUCAGUGCCACCAGGCCGAGCUCCUCCUCUGCAGUUCCAUCCUGAGGGACCCCGUUUCAGCGUCCAGGGGAGUCAAGUGAGAUCCUCCUUGUGGGCUUUUUCUUUUGGUCUUGGAGCUUUCAGUGGCCCAAGGAUCUUUGAUAUCCGCUUUCAAGGGGAGAGGGUGGCCUAUGAAAUCAGUGUCCAGGAGGCCAUAGCCCUCUAUGGUGGUAAUUCCCCGGCAUCAAUGUCGACCUGCUAUAUGGACGGAAGCUUUGGCAUUGGCAAAUACUCUACCCCGCUGACCCGAGGGGUAGACUGUCCAUACCUUGCCACCUAUGUGGACUGGCACUUCCUUCUGGAGUCUCAGACCCCCAAGACACUACGUGAUGCGUUUUGCGUGUUUGAACAGAACCAGGGCCUCCCGCUCCGGCGACACCACUCAGAUUUCUACUCCCACUAUUUUGGGGGCGUUGUGGAGACAGUGCUUGUGGUCAGAUCCGUGGCUACCUUGCUCAAUUAUGACUAUGUGUGGGACAUGGUUUUCCACUCCAAUGGGGCCAUAGAAGUCAAAUUCCACGCCACGGGCUAUAUCACCUCGGCUUUCUUCUUCGGUGCUGGCGAGAAGUUUGGGAACCGAGUUGCCGAGCACACACUGGGCACGGUACACACCCACAACGCUCACUUCAAAGUGGACUUGGAUGUGGCAGGGUUGAAGAACUGGGCCUGGGCAGAGGAUUUGGCUUUUGUCCCUAUGAAUGUACCUUGGCAACCGGAGUUCCAGAUGCAGAGGCUGCAGGUGACUCGGAAGCUGCUGGAGACAGAAGAGGAGGCUGCCUUCCCACUGGGAAAUGCCACCCCACGCUACCUGUACCUGGCCAGUAACCACAGCAACAAGUGGGGUCACAGGCGAGGCUACCGCAUCCAGAUACUCAGCUUUGCUGGGAAGCCACUGCCCCAGGAAAGCCCCAUAGAGAAAGCCUUCACCUGGGGCAGGUAUCACUUGGCUGUGACCCAGAGGAAGGAGGAGGAGCCCAGCAGUUCUAGCAUCUACAACCAGAAUGACCCGUGGACCCCCACUGUGGACUUCACUGACUUUAUCAGCAAUGAGACCAUUGCUGGCGAGGACUUGGUAGCCUGGGUGACAGCUGGCUUUUUGCACAUCCCACAUGCGGAAGACAUUCCCAACACGGUGACCGUAGGGAACGGGGUGGGUUUCUUCCUCCGGCCGUAUAACUUCUUUGAUGAGGACCCCUCCUUCUACUCACCCGACUCCAUCUAUUUCCGGAAGGACCAGGAUGUCACAGACUGUGAGGUCAACUCCCUGGCUUGCCUGUCUCAGACUGCCAACUGUGUCCCCGACCUCCCUGCCUUCUCCCAUGGGGGCUUUACUUAUAAAUAAGUGUCCCCAAGAUGGACAGUCUAGCCAAGAGCUGGGGAAUAGAGCAUCAGCUGGGCUGUGCACAGGGCAAUCUGGUUUCUUCUGUUCCCGCAUCUCUGAUGUCCCCUCUCAUGCUGCCCUCCUUGUCUCUCCCUCCCUGCUUGGAGCAUCCUGAGCCCAUGGAUGCCUAACACACAGGGACAUUGAGUUUUGUUGGUCGUGCCUGUGCUGAGUUCCUGCUUUGGGAGAAGACUAGCCUUGUUAGGAGCCUGGAGUAAUGGCUAUGGGUGUUUUGUUUUGUUUUGUUUUAAAGAUGGUCCCCCCCCCCAAUCUGGCUUUCAUUAACAAUUUUAUAAUAGCUUUGAGAUCUCUGCAAUGAAGAAACUCUCUAGAGACCCCAAAGUAGGGUCUCCCUGAGUCUUGCACAUCCACAGAUGAGCUUGGACCCAAGUCUAUGGAAAUCUCAAAGAUGUGAUGGAAAGUCUCACUGGAAAGGACCAGGCUUGUUUGUCUCCUAAGGUUUCUCACAUAUCGGACAGGAGUAGGACUUGUCCCUGCUACAGCCCCGCCUUGCCCUCUUUACAAGCAGAUGGUCAUAGAGACAGCCGGUGGCUUGACUGGUUAUUUUAUCCCACUGCUCUGCUCGACUGCAGCUCUGGCCUCUGUGCAGUAGCCUGCCUUAGCUAGUUUGUGACAGUGAGCUAGGAACCAUGUGUGGGCAUUAAAGGUGAGAAACUGAAAACCUUGGUAACACCGCCCCCACCACCUAACUCUGGGUCUGUCCAAUCAGAAGCUAACUCGGGGUCUGUCCAAUCAGAAGCAGGCAUGCAAAUGAGCCUGAGUCUGUUCCAAGAUGGGUCUGGAUUGGUCGGACCUGCUUCAGCAUUUCUCCUUGCUGCUUGUCUUUACUGAGAUCUGGACAGGGAAGUGGUACAAGUGACUAAAAACAACAGACACAUCAUUCCCUAGCAGUCUGGCCAGCCCCAUUGUUAACUAAUGUUAUUACUGUUAUUAAUGAAAGAAAGGUGCUGGAAAAAUAUAAGUGCGUAUUGGUUUUGUAGGGAACCCAGGUUCCUUUCCCAGCAUCAUUAUUAGGUGCUCACGACUAUCUAUAAAUCCAGGAGAUCCAAUGGCCUUUCAGGGCACCUACACUCAAGCACAUACCUUCACACAGACACAGACACACAAAUAAAAAUAAAAGAAUUUAGCCUUAUGUGGUGACACAUAACAUUAAUCCCAGCAUUGGGAGGCAGAAGCAGGAGGAUCUCUGAGCUUGAGGCCAGCCUGGUCUACGGAGUGAGUUCCAGGAUAGCCAGAGCUACACAGAGAAGCCCUGUUUUGCAAAACAAAACAAAACAGAAACAAACAGAGUUCUUUAAAGACAAAAAGAGAAGCUAACAAUGAAUAGGCUAUAAGUGUAUAUCUGUUUAUUUCUGCAUUCUUUGAGAACUAACACCGGUUACCUCUGGGGAGGAAGACGGGUGAGAGAGAGAGAGAGAGAAUAGGGUUCUGCGUGUCCUUCUGGACAUCCUGAAUUGGAAUCAUGUGACCAUAUUGUCAAAAUAAAUAAGUCAGUUAAACACAAA